AAGAUAAACGUUGAGCAGAGGCUAUAACUUGUCAGUCUUUCAACACUUCAUCUGCUACAAGUUCCGACUCCAACAUGGAUAUUCUCUGUGAAGAAAAUUCUUCUUUGAGCUCAACUCCGAACUCCUUAAUGCAAUUAAACGAUGACACAAGGCAUUAUAAUAAUGACUUUAACUCUGGAGAAGCAAAUACUUCUGAUGCAUUUAAYUGGACAAUAGAGUAUGAAAACCAAACCAACCUUUCCUGUGAAGGGUGCCUCCCACCAACAUGUUUCUCCUUACUUCAUCUCCAGGAAAAAAACUGGUCUGCUUUAUUGACAGCUGUAGUGAUUAUCCUAACCAUUGCUGGAAACAUACUCGUCAUCAUGGCAGUGUCCCUAGAGAAAAAGCUGCAGAACGCCACCAACUAUUUCCUGAUGUCACUUGCCAUAGCCGAUAUGCUGCUGGGUUUCCUUGUCAUGCCCGUGUCCAUGUUAACCAUCCUGUAUGGGUAUCGGUGGCCACUGCCUAGCAAGCUCUGUGCGGUCUGGAUUUACCUGGAUGUGCUCUUUUCCACGGCCUCCAUCAUGCACCUCUGUGCCAUCUCCCUGGACCGAUAUGUCGCCAUCCAGAAUCCCAUCCACCACAGCCGCUUUAACUCCAGAACUAAGGCAUUUCUGAAAAUCAUUGCUGUUUGGACCAUAUCUGUAGGUAUAUCCAUGCCAAUACCAGUCUUUGGGCUGCAGGAUGACUCCAAGGUCUUUAAGCAGGGGAGCUGCUUACUCGCUGAYGACAACUUUGUCCUGAUCGGCUCUUUUGUGUCCUUUUUCAUCCCCUUAACCAUCAUGGUGAUCACCUACUUUCUAACGAUCAAGUCACUCCAGAAAGAAGCUACUUUGUGCGUGAGCGAGCCGGGUACACGGUCCAAACUCUCUUCUUUCAGCUUCCUCCCCCAGAGCUCCCUGUCUUCGGAAAAGCUCUUCCAGCGAUCCAUCCACCGGGAGCCAGGGUCCUUCGCGGGCAGGAGGACGAUGCAGUCCAUCAGCAACGAGCAGAAAGCGUGCAAGGUGCUGGGCAUCGUCUUCUUCCUGUUCGUGGUGAUGUGGUGCCCUUUCUUCAUCACGAACAUCAUGGCUGUCAUCUGCAAGGAGUCGUGCAACGAGGACGUCAUCGGAGCCCUGCUCAACGUGUUCGUCUGGAUCGGUUACCUCUCCUCGGCCGUCAACCCGCUGGUCUACACGCUCUUCAACAAGACCUACAGGUCGGCGUUUUCGCGCUACAUUCAGUGUCAGUACAAGGAGAACAAAAAACCRCUGCAGUUGAUUUUAGUGAACACUAUUCCGGCCUUGGCUUACAAGUCUAGUCAGCUCCAAAUGGGACAAAAGAAGGAUUCCAAGAGAGAUGCCCAGGCGACAGAGAAUGACUGCUCCAUGGUUGCUCUAGGACAAGAACCUCCUCCGGAAGAUGCUGGCACAGACAGUGUGGACACGGUGAACGAAAAGGUUAGCUGCGUGUGAUACGCUGGUUGCCAUGGCAACCCUGGAGGGCACAGCAAACAAGUUUUCACCUCUCUGGAGAAACAAAAAGUAAGGGAGGCUGGAAAAAAAAAAAAAAUAGGUCGCUCUAGUGGAACCGAUAGUAACCAUAGGGCCCUUAGUUGUAUUCUGUCAAUGAAAAGCAGGGUUCCUUGCCACAAGAUGUGCACUUGAAACAUGUUCUGACAGCAUUUCAGCUGUGAGCUUGAUGAUCCUUUCAAUGUUAUAAAUGAUGUCUUUAAAUAAGCUUUUAUUGUACAAUUAUAAUGAGGUCCUAAAUAAAUCAAGAUUAACUUCUCUUACUGAAUGGAAACCUUGCCACUA